AUGCCGAGCGCCUCGGAAGCUCCCUCGAUCGCAGCGGCGGUGUCUUUCGGCGCCAUCCUCGACGUGAAGGACAAGCACAGCCUGUAUGUAAGCAACCUCAGCGUCACGGUGACUGAGGACUCGCUGCGUGAGAUCUUCCGCCACUGCGGGCCUCUGGAUCAGGUGAUCUUCCGCACAUAUCCUGGCUCCUUGAAAUGGUAUGCUCAGCUGAACUUCCAGACGGCCGAUGGUGUGGUCGAGGCGAGCAAGAUGGAAGGGACCCCCAUCUGCGGGACGGGGAUCCGCUGCUCCGCCAUCGAUCCCACUGCCUAUGCGGCCAACGACGUCCUUGCCCGCCUCCAGGCCAAAGAAGAGGCCGCGAACAAGGAGGAUCCCGAAGCUGCCAGGCAAGAGUGGUACAAGCAGCUGCGCGAACAUGCUGAGGCAAGGAUUCAGCGUACCGUCCACGUGGCCGGGCUCCCCGAAUCGACGACGUUGCAGGAGUUGCAGCGACUUGGGGAACAGUUCGGCGCCGUGGAGCAGCUGCGUCUGGAUCGCGACGCGAAGAGCACACCAUUUGGCCUUGUUCAGUUCAAGGAGCUUGGCAUCGCCCGCGGCUGCUGCUUGAAGCGAACCUUCCUCGUAGACGAGCAUGUGGUUGUCUUUUCGGAAUCGAAGUCGGAGGUGAACUCCACAGACAUCGAGGAGGCAACCGUGGAGUUUCGGCAUCCCUGUGUGGAUCGUGCAUUGGCAAAUGCGGGAACGGAGCCAAAGACGCAGCCGCAGGGCAAGUUCUGGGAAGAGCUUGCGGAGAAGCAGCGGCAGCUCUACAACCGCAAGCUGGAGAAGGUGCGAGCCACUGCGGAAGCCAUCCUUGGCCCAGGCAUGGCGCCCUCUCCACCGCCCUCACCUCCGGAGGAGGAGGAGGAGGACUUCUUUGCCUGGGCCAAGCAAGCCGCGGCGUACUUCAACCCAGAGGCUGAGGAGCAGGGUGCAGAUGCUGAGAAGCCUCUCGAAGAGCAAGCUCCACCUGCAGAGGAGCCGGGGCCGGUAGAUUUGGAAGAGCACCCGGACAUCGUUCCUGGUACAGAGCUGGCGGUGCUCCAGGACUCCUCCUCUGAGGAGAUCUCCGAAUCCUCUGAGGCCUCUGGUAUCGAGCAGGUGGGCGGUCAGUUUGCCGAUGGGCCCCGGGCCCAGCGCAAGCGGCGGGCAGCGCUGCAAAAAGUGCGGAGGCGGCCAAAGCCCAAGGCCCUGGCUGCUUCUCUUCCCAUCACGCCGGCGCAGUGGGCUGCCGCUGCUGCUGCGGCCCGUGCCCAGAGCGCUGAGAAGUUGAAAUCCCCGGCUGAGUGGGCAGCAGCACGUGCCCGAGCUCUUGAGAGGCUCAAAGCCAAGUCUGCUCCGGGGAACGGAAGCCGCCCGCGGAGAAGACGCUCCGUUGGCGACGAGGUGCAAGACCUUGUGGAGACACUCGAAGCUGAGGAGGGGCUCAAAGCCAAGUCUGCUCCGGGGAACGGAAGCCGCCCGCGGAGAAGACGCUCCGCUGGCGACGAGGUGCAAGUCCUUGUGGAGACACUCGAAGCUGAGGUGAAGAGCACGGGUGCCUCCUAUGCCUUGUGGUCGCACGGGAAGCUGGCGCAAGCCGCAGGCCUCCCCUCGGAGGUGAUCGAUGCACUGCAGCGUGGUGAGGAUCUCCAGCAGGUGAACAAGUGCUUGCAGAGGGAAGAGCAAGCAGCACUUGCGCUUUGUGACGAUCUGCUGCGGCCGGGCAUGAUGGUCAGUGAGGAGACUUACGCAGCUGCGGUGGCGCAGUUGGGAGAGCGGCGCACCUUCGAGGUGUCUGCUACCGUGGGCUUCUACUUGCUCCUCAGUGCUGUGCUGAAGACCUUCGACGUCCGCCCGCCCGAGUCGAAGCUCUGA